CGUUGACUGGUGGUGAUGAUUAGCAGUUUUAUGGUAAAAUGAAUACGCCUUCGUCAUGUACCAAAGAUGUAUCAUUAAAAUCGACCUGAAAUAUCCUACGACUUUAAUCGGAAUAUUUCACCUGAUAUUUCUUAUUUUUCGAAUCUAUGAAAUAGCCAUGGAUCUGUAUUUUCUGGAAGAACUUGCAGAAGUCAACCAAUUGACAUACGUCACUUUAAUAACUUUGCUUCAAUUAGGAAUAAUCAUAAGUCUGUUUGUCGGAGCAGCAAAGAAACAACACGUUUUUCUCCUUCCCUGGCUCUGCUUCACAGCACCCACUUUCUGUAUGGCCACUGCUUACGCAAGCUUAUACGUUGCGACCGGUGAUGGUGUUCAAAGUAUCAUCAAUUUUACAUUUAUUAUGAUAUUUUGGUUGUCUUGGUAUUUGGUGUUCAAGUAUUACAUUAUUUUAAAAAACUCUUUCAAAUAUUCGCCUUUCAAAGGUUACAAGUACUCAGCAAAUCUCAGAGAACUUAACAACGAAUGUGGCGAAAAUUUAUAGCCAUGAGCAAAGAGGAUUUGAAACCAAUUGAGAUUACUUGGAGUUUGCAUUGGCCGAUAAAAUGUUAUUUGUGUGUAGGAAGUCGGUUCAGCUUUGACAACCUUUAUCUCUGCUCUGCAAGUGAUAUCGAAGAAAAAAUGCUCAAAUUACGUAAAAAAAAUUCGUGAACCCGAACGAAAUUGCACGUUCUAUUUAUGUUAAUUUGUUUUAUCUCUGUUUUUAAUUUUUUGAUACAUUUUUAUCACGGCCGUUCUCAUUAAAAUGGAGUUGCAUCACCGACGAAGAUACUUGUUUUUCUAUAUGUUGACAAAUUAUUAGCUUUCGUGUGAACAUUAGGAAAGCUGGUGUCUCAUAUUCCUUAUUUACUGUCCGACAUGUGAUAAGAUGCAAAAUCUCGUAAUUAUCAAAGUUAUUUUGGGCAUUGGUGAGAUAAGAUAACGAUAAAAAAUUCCCCCACCACGCCCUAACCCACGUGGAUAUCAGCGAUAUUUUGUUGCCUUUGCCCCAAGAAUGGCACGAGUUAAACCUGUCCUUGAACCCAUCUUCUGUAUUGAGUUCCGACAAGUCUUCUGAGACAAUACAGUCCCACCCAAAGGGGAUUGUACUUUUCUAAUUUUGGUACUGAAAAAAAGGUCCUGUUUGCCCGACAUAGAGUUGAUUACAGUUAGCGGUCGAUGAUACACAGCUGUGAUGUCUUGUGAUUCAAGUUUGCGUUCAGUCUGUGAUGUCGCUGAUAAAGUGCCGAAUGCAUGAACCCAAACCACUCAUCUGUACGAAUGUAGGAGUUUCGGGGAAGCUCUCAAGAUGGAUCUCCAAUACGUUUUCGUGGUGGUGGCGACGGUCUUGGCCGGAAUACAAACUUGCAGAACAGACGACAUGGCCAACUUUAGGGGAACCAAGUCCAAAGCGGUCUAUUGCGGAAGACGACUCUCAGAGACACUGUCCACGGUAUGCAAAGGCAAUUACAACACCCUCAACAAGAAGUCAGACAUUCACGACGUGGGUGCGUCGCGGCCUCCCGGCUACCCUUCGUUGUCCCAGCGUAGUUUAGACUACCCGUUCCAAAGUAGGGCGAAUGCAGCCUCGCAUCAUAUGUCCGGUUUUCGUCGAAGAAAGCGUCGUGGUGUUUUUAACGAGUGCUGUGAAAAACCUUGUUCAAUAGAAGAACUGUCUCAAUAUUGCGGCGGCCCUAGUCGAUGAGAUUGUGACUUAAAAAGUGAACUUGUGAUUAAAUUGUGAUUAAUCGGCAAAAAUUUGUGAUAUAAUGUAAAUUGUAGGUAUAGGUGCGCUUCGUCUCGCUUCUGCCAACGUGCACUUAAAUUUUGUAGAUGGCACAAACUGUUGUAUUACGUGUAUUGAAGAAGAAGAAAAAUUGUCGUUGCGGUAUUUAUUUAGUAAUGAUAUGACCUUGUGAUACUGUAUCUACGGAUUUAUUGUUGCAUAAUUUUAUUUACCUAGCUAAAGCGUGUAAUAAAUUAUUGAAUUUUUCAUAAA